AUACCACGUUCUUCUGUUGACUAUAGGACUCAUUAACCAGCACACACCACCACCGUGUUUAAGGGACAACUCAAAAAGCAACAUCGGGACAGUGGAUCAAACCACAAACAAUCCUUGGUAAAGAGACAGCGAAGCGUCAUUGAUCUCGGGCUGGGAAGUCGCAGCCGGUGUCGCAGCACUUUACCCUGCCCCUCGACAACGCAGACAGGCAAUUCCGCCCCGUCCUCUCCUCUUCUGCGUCACACACACCGCAGGGUUUUUCUGCAAAGGGAAGUGCUUGAUGUUGCUACUUCCGGAAGCCCGGAAAGCGAAGAACUGAAGGCGGGUCUUGUCUUGCUUUUUGCCCGGCGGGAGGAAGGAAUCGAUCCGGUUAGCCGGCUAAAAGCUGGUCUUGUUGUGCCGUUUCUCAGAGAGAUCUAUGUGAGGGGAAAUAAAAAGGGUGAACGGAGAUGAAGCUUCUGCUCUAGAACAGGCCAGCAAAAAGCAUAAGAGGGAGUCACCAAUGCAACCAUGCCUGCUUUCCGGCAAGUUGGGGAGAAGCAACUUCCUCAAGAAGUUAUUUUUAUGGCCUGGUCUCCCAAGAGGGAUCUAAUCGUCCUUGCAAACAAAAUUGGAGAGGUUUUACUUCAUCGACUUGCUAACUUUCAACGAGUCUGGAGUUUGCCACCAAGUGAAAGCACAGGGAAAGAAGUGACAGCCCUUGCUUGGCGACCCGAUGGCAAAAUUUUGGCUUUUGGACUUGCUGACACUAAGAGGGUUAUCCUGUGUGAUGUAGAGAAACCAGAGAGCCUGCAUUCUUUCUCAGUGGAUGCUCCUGUCACAUAUAUGCACUGGAUGGAGGUAACAGAAGAAAACAGAGUUCUCACUUCUUUUUAUAAUGCUGAGGAUGAAUCAAACCUUCUCCUUCCUAAACUGCCAGCAUUGCCAAAGAACUACAGUACCACUGCAAAAAUUUUCAGUGAAGAAAAGUCAGAUGAGAUUAUGAAACUCAUGGGGGAUGUCAGGCUUAAUGCUCUGGUUCUUGGAGGCAACGCUGGGUUAAUUGAGAUUUAUGCAUAUGGAAUGUAUAAAAUUGCUACAGUAACAGGGGUGUCUGGUUCUUGCCUUGCGUUAUGCUUAUCGAGUGACUUAAAAUCGCUAUCAGUUAUUACAAAAGUUGAAGUUUCUCCAGAGAGUGAUCCAGAAAUAACAUACUUUCAAUUGGAUACCAGUCUGCUCUCGACCUAUUUACCUGAAGUGACUCGAAUGGCUAGAAAAUUCACACACAUUUCAACUCUUCUGCAGUACAUAAAGCUGUCACUGACAUGUAUGUGUGAAGCUUGGGAAGAAAUAUUGAUGCAGAUGGAUUCACGGCUAACCAAAUUUGUACAGGAAAAGAAUACAAACACUUCUGUGCAAGAUGAAUUCAUGCAGUUGCUAUUAUGGGGCAAAGCAAGCCUUGAACUUCAGGCACUGCUAAUGAAUCAGCUGACAGUAAAGGGUUUAAAAAAACUUGGCCAGUCCAUGGAAUCCUCUUACUCAAGUAUACAAAAGCUUGUCAUAAGUCACUUGCAGAGUGGCUCUGAAGCCUUACUGUACCAUUUAAGUGAACUGCAAGGAAUGGCGUCAUGGAAGGAAAAAUAUGAAUCUCUUGGACUUGAUGCAACAGGAAUAGAAGAAGCGAUUACCGCUAUGGGCUCCUUCACCCUGAAAGCAAACGAGUUGCUGCAAGUUAUAGACAGCAGUAUGAAAAAUUUCAAAGCGUUUUUCCGGUGGCUGUAUGUAGCCAUGCUGAGAAUGUCAGAGGAUCACGUCCCUCCAGAGCUGAACAAGAUGACUCAGAAAGAUAUCACUUUUGUUGCUGAUUUUCUUACCGAACAUUUCAAUGAGGCACCUGAACUCUACAACCGUAAAGGAAAAUAUUUUAAUGUAGAAAGAGUUGGGCAGUACUUGAAAGAUGAAGAUGAUGACCUUGUUUCACCACCUAACACGGAAGGAAACCAGUGGUUUAAUUUCCUUCAAAAUAUCAACCAUCUUAAAGAAAGCCCUUUGCUGUUUCCAUAUUAUCCUAAGAAGUCUCUGCAUUUUGUUAAAAGGCGGAUGGAAGGAAUUAUUGAUCAGUGUCUACAAAAGCCAGCUGAUGUGAUUGGGAAAUCUGUACGCCAAGCAUUUUGUAUGGCCUUAUACAAAGGAACGAAAAGUGAGGAUUCAACAACUCAGCUGUUUAGGUUGCCGUUUUUGUGGAAUGAUAAAUCGUCCAAUUUGCAUUAUGUUUUGUUCACGAUGUUGGAGAACUCCAUUUCUAAAAUAUAUAUAUUGAGGAGGCAUACUGACAUUUCAAGGUCUACUAAUAAUGGAAUACUUGCUGUAGAUUUUGGAAAUAUUCUGAACAGCAGCAUUAAUGACAGUUCAAGUACAAGUUUCUACAGCUGUCUUGAUGCCCACUUCUAUGAUGAUGAAACCAUAACAGUCAUUCUUGCAGAGACUUUGGAACAAGAGGGGAAGGAGAGAAUUUUGGCCCAGCUACCUUUAUCAUCCAUAUAUACUGAGAAGAACAGGGAAUUAGAAUUCAGCUGGAAUUCUGGUCAAAGGUUGGAUGAGCAAUGUGAUGACAUUCCCACCUGUUCUGUUGCCAUUGAGGGUCAGUGGAGGGUCCUGGAGAACAUGAAAGCCCAAUAUGUUGCUGUGAAUGGCAUUCGAAAAGUUUCUUGUGUGCUAAGCUCAAAUCUCCGGCAUGUUAGAGUGUUUGAAAUGGAUGUGGAAGAUGAUGGUGAAGCUGAGGAGGAAGAGGAGGAAGAAACUGCUCAGCAUGCUAGUGCAGAUCAGGAGGAACUUGACCAGUCUGCAGACAACCCUGAAGAUGGCAUUUGUGCUGGUUCUGCUGACCUGGCAGAUGAAACAGAAGGACAUGGAUCAAACCUUGAUGCCUGAGACAAAACAUUCUUGCAGUGUCUCAUACUUCUGUAUUUCUUCGUAAAGUGCAUUUCUUACUGUGGACUCUUUUUGACUGUACAAUACUAUUUUAUAUAUAUAAUACAUAUAAAAAUGUGGGUAUGCUAGAAUUCUUGACUCUGCAUGUGCCCCCUCCCCCACCAAAUGUUUUCCCAAUAUUAGCUGACAUCCAGACUAACAGAGCAAAGAUGCAGUAAAAGAAUGUAUCCUCACAGCUGGAGGCUUUCCCAGCAGCAGAGCAAUUUUAGCUGAUCCCUGCCUCCAGAAGUGUACUUUCCAGAAAUAUGUCCCUGAAGGUCAUGCAACUCUCAGGGACAUAUAUCUGGAAAGCACAGAGCACUUGUGGAGGCAGGGAAGAUCAAUGAUAAAUUUUCCUCUGCACACUCUGCUGCUGGGGAAGCCUCUAGCCUCCUCGCUUUCUUAGUCAGGAUGUCAUCCAUUAUUUCUUCUGUUACAGUUGCAUUGCCUAAAUAAGUACAGCACUUAAUAAAAUAAAAAACAAUUGUCUGAGUAA